AUGCACAUCCCGGGAGCAUGGGAUGUGCGUGUACAUCUCCCUCUGCUACCAUCCUUAAGCACACUGUCGGAUGACAUCUUGGUAGAUCAUGUGUUUGUGUAUUUAACAGUUGAGGACAUCCUAUCAUUACGAACAGUCAGCAGAUUAUACUACAACCUUAGUCAUCAAGGUAUUAUAUGGAAACGUUUUCUGCAAAGCCUCGGAUAUGAAGCACCUCCUUUACCGCCUUCCACGAGAUAUGCCCUCCACUCUAUAACGUCGUUCGAAGCUGAGCGACUAGUUACUCGAGCUUUGACGCUUAGACAGAACUGGAUGUCUCCAGAACCCGUCGCAAAGGACUUGCACUGCUUUCGAGCGUAUCGACAAAUCUUGUCUAUGGUCGCUCUCCCGGGUGGAAAGCAUCUGGUUGCUUCUGUAUCAAAUCCAGACAGGAAUCACUUUUCCUUAGUAGUCUAUGUCCUUGAUCAUCGCGUAGGGGGCGUAGUUCCUUUGGCUGAAACGCCCGUGAAACGCAAAGCUUAUGAUCUACGAGUCAAGUAUAUGACAAUCGAAGGGGUUCGGAGCAUAGUCAUUGCCUUCAACCGCCGAAAGUUUUCCAAGAGAUACCAAAAAGAAACGACGAUUAAUCCUUCAAGCUAUAAUACCUUGCGAAACAAUCCCUUGUAUGGGAUAGAUUCUCCGGCUCCUUUUCGCUAUACAUGCUCAUGCAUGCAGGUUCCUUUGGAUGCACUCGACGCUCUCGCAGACCCUCGCUAUCCUCCGGGGUCUAUGGAAUUCUUUGAAUUCGCAAGGUCUCAACCACCUCCAUUCCGUCUGAUUUCUUUGAUGCGUUCCACGUCUGAGUUGGGUCCCAUCGAUCUGGCUGAAGUUCAAGGGAGGCCUUGCAUGGCUGUUGUGAAAAAACCCCGCUUUAUUGUCUUCAAAGAUCUAUCCAUCAAUGGUCGUAUCUCCACUCUCACCUGCGCAAACACACUACCAAAUUCUUUCGACCUACCUGGUCCAUCUCAACCUUCCAUCCCCAUUCUGCCCGGUCCACCUGCCCGAGACCCCGAAGGCCUUUGUAACUUCGCCAUGUUCCCCAUUCCACCACCUGGGCAAGAUGAGCGAUAUUCAUAUGCUCCCCAAUCGAUAUUAAAUUUCAGGUUCAGAGAUAUUGAGAACGUUCAAAUUAGCGACCCCAAUCUGCUUCCCGUUGGCAACUCCAGUGGUCCUACCCAGGCCCUGCCCCCACCUAUUCACAUUUUCUUGCGCAGGUCGAAAGGUACCGAGUUAUAUCACGCCCUCAUUCCGCCUACUCCACCCGCGAAGUUUCCGUUUCCAUCUAUCUUUACCCCUUAUUACUCUCUUGAUAACAUUCGCAGAAUGUCAGCCCAUACUUUUUCAGGGGUACCGGCCGAUAAUCGCACGGAGUCUCCACCUCUAGUGCAGCUCUAUAGCCACUUCGUUGUACCCGAAGACGAAGUGGAUGACGUUUUCACGCAAAAAGACAGCCCUAUUCGAGCUAUCAAACGGAAUAUAGAUGUUGCCAGGAAUACACCCAUAGCUAAGCUCAUAACGCCUCAGCAACUGCGGAGCACUAUGAAGCAGGGCGUCAUGGCAAUUGCUUGGGACGAAGGAAUUGGACGAAUAUUUUUUGCUACUUCACAUGACACCCGGCUAUAUAUCCUGGAUGUUGCCAAAGCUCCGAAAGAAGACAAAACAGGUCAGAGGUUACCUCUUCCCUUGGAAGACGAACGCAUGCUUGAACUUUGA